AUGAAGUUCUCUUCGUUCAUCCUCCUCACCUCGGCUCUCUCCGCCUACGCGGCCCCCACCGGCCUCGCCCCCGGCGACUCCAACUCCCUUGCGGCCCGCAACCCUGACGCGGCUCCUAGGUCCGUGGUCGUUGAGGAUGCUGGUGAUUUUGAGCCGAAUGUAAUUGGCAAGAGAAAGCACAAGGGUGGUGCCGCCGCCGCCACUGCUGCUCCUGCUACGGGAAGUGCCGCCGCCGCUGCUGCUCCCAAGAAGGCUCCUAAGAAGGCUCCCAAGGGUGCUGCCGCCGCCGCCGCUGCUGCUCCCAAGAAGGCUCCCAAGAAGGCUCCCAAGAAGGCUCCUAAGGGAGGUGCCGCCGCCGCCGCCGCUGCUCCUAAGGGAGGUGCCGCCGCCGCCGCCGCUGCUCCUAAGGGAGGUGCCGCCGCCGCUGCUGCCGCUCCCAAGAAGGCUCCCAAGAAGGCUCCUAAGGGAGGUGCCGCCGCCGCCGCUGCUGCUCCUGCUAAGGGCGGUGCUCCCAAGGCUCGUGAUGUCGCGGUUGAGUUUGAGGCUUAA